AUGGAAAACGAAUUACCAGCUUCUACCACAAGGACAAAAAGGGCUCAAUGGACUUCGCAACAGAUGGAAAACGCUAUUAAAAUGGUCGAAAGAGGUCGAUUAUCUACAUAUGCUGCUGCAGCUAGAUACAACAUCCGAAGAAGGACCUUACGCAACCAUCUAGCGAGUAGGUCAACUGCACGAAAGCUAGGUCGGUCGUCUGUAUUUACUACAGAACAACAAGAUAGACUUGUCAGAAUAAUCAUACGUUUGGCAGAUGUUGGAGUGCCGUUGACAUCAAAGAUGUAG